AUGUCUACUGAGCCUCGACCAGUAACACCACCAAGUGGACCUCCCCCGGAUAAUCCUAACCCAGGUAAUCCUCCCCCGAUACCAAGGAAGCCGCCCGGCAAGCCUAUAUGCACUCCCACCGGGUGUCAUCCCAUUGGAGAAAAAUUCUCCAAGGAGUGGGAAUUACCUGGUGCGGGUAGACUUGCCCCAGACGGACGGGCACCGGAUGAUUGUGGCAACUAUAGAAUCGAGUGGCCCCCGCACGGGAUGCCUAGCCGGAUCGUGAAAGCUGCAGAUCCUCCAAGAUUUCACUUUAUUUCCACAGAAGAGCAAGGGAACGCGGCCAUUGCGGGGUUACUUCCCAACCGCCGGACUGCUACUCCAGGGAACAUUCCUAGCCUUACGAAGCUGCAACAUGAUGCAGAGCCUCGGCCAGCACUUCAGAUUUCUGCUGGAAUUUCGGCUCUUCUUUUCUUCUCAAUUUGUGUCAAAAGGCACCGAUGGUCCGCAUGA